AUGGGCGUCCAGAUUCCUGACCUUCAAUUUACCUCCCUUGAAGCCAUUCCCGAGCUCAUUUCUGCCAUCCGCAAGUCGUUCUUAGAGCACAAGACCCGCGAUGUCGAGUUCCGUCUCGUCCAACUCCGGAAGCUAUACUGGGCCAUCAGAGACCACGAGGAGCAGAUCGUCGAGGCCUGUGCCCGGGACCUGAGCAAGCCACGCUUCGAGACUGAACUCGCCGAGAGCGGCUGGCUGCUCAACGACAUUGUCUUCACCACUCGGAAUCUCCAUAAAUGGGCGAAGGAUGAGAAGGCCCCUGAUAUUGAACUCGCUUUUAAACUCAUGAGCCCCAAGAUCCGCAAGGAUCCCCUCGGCUGCGUGUUGGUAGUCGGUACAUUCAACUUCCCUUUCCAACUGACCUUGGGCCCCGCCAUUGGUGCCAUCGCUGCCGGUAACACUGUUGUUAUUAAGCCAUCUGAGAACGCCCCCCACAGCGCGGCUGUCAUACAAAAGAUCUGCGAGGCAUCCCUAGACCCAUCAUGCUACUCCGUCAUCCAGGGUGGGGUGUCCGAGACUCAGGCUCUUUUGGCCGAUCGCUGGGAUAAGAUCUUCUUUACAGGCGGUGCCAAUGUCGGCCGAAUCAUUGCUAAGGCAGCAGCACCUAACCUGACCCCGGUGGUGCUCGAGCUCGGUGGUAUCAACCCGGCAAUUGUUAGCAAGACUGCCGACCCGCGCCUGGUAGCACGCCGUAUGCUCUGGGGCAAGACUGUAAAUGCAUGCCAGCUCUGUACUUCACAGAACUACCUCCUCAUCGAUAAAUCGCUUGUGACUCGGGUAGUGCAGGAAUUUAAAAAGGCCUACAAGGAGUUCUAUCCUAAGGGUGCAAGGGCCUCGCCGGACUACUCACGUAUUAUUCAUAAGGGUCAUUUUGAACGCCUUAAGUCUAUGCUCGAUAACAGCAAGGGAAAGAUCUUGCUUGGUGGGGAAUUGGACGGGAAGGAGCUUUUUAUUGAGCCUACAGUUGUCCAGAUUGACUCUGUAGAGGACUCGCUGUGCAUGCAGGAGAGCUUUGGUCCCUUUAUCACAAUUCUGCCAGUGGAGAACCUGGACGAGGCUAUCAACCUUGCAAACAGUGUGCAGAGUACUCCACUCGGGCUCUAUCCUUUUGGAUCCAAAGCCGACGUUGCUAAGAUUAUCUCCUCUACCCGUUCCGGCGGUGUUUCUUGCAACGAUGCCGCCCUUCACAUUCCUACCCUGCCAUUUGGUGGCGUCGGCGAGAGUGGCUAUGGUGCUUAUCGGGGUCAUUAUAGUUUUGAUGUCUGGGUACACCGCCGCCCUAUAACCAGUAGCCCCGGUUGGCUCGAGUCGAUACUCACCAUCCGCUACCCACCGUACGCUGGCAAGCUGAGCAAGUUCAAGGCCGCAAGUACCCUGGUCCCGGAUUUUGACCGCAGCGGUCAGAAACUGACUCUGGGCUGGCUGCGCUUUAUCUUGACGCUGGGUAGCGGGAAUGCGACGACUGGCGCUGGCCGUGCUGCUUUUGUUGCUGCUAGUGAGUAG